ACUGUUUGCGGAAGUGCUACAUUGUUUCCACGAGACAAGCAGGUCUAGACUGAAAUGUAGCUAAAGAAAGCAGGAGAAUCUUAUUUGGUAGUGUCUGGUGACCAGUGGUGAGCCUUCAGAAUAGCCAUGUCUUUCAGGAUGGUCUCCUUGAUAGCCUCCAGGCUUGGCAAACUGUCAGUGAUGCCCACAAGGAGCUGUAGUCGAAACGUCAGCAGAGAUGCCAGCAAGGCCUGGAUGGAUCAGAGGCAGACACACAGGACCUCGGCCCACAGACACAGAGAGAAGGAGGAGAGGUUUGAAGAUCCAGAUAUGGACGAUGUAGACGACAAGGUCCAGGCUGUGUUCAGUGAAGAGAGGAGGAGACAGAGGACGGUGAAGUACCAUAUAGUCAAGAGACAGCUGACUGAGUCUGGAGCUCCAGAGAGGAAGCUGAGCUGGGACGCCAUGGAACAGAUCAGGUAUCUGAAGCAGGAGCUACCAGAGGAAUGGACCAUUGACCGUCUGGCAGAGGGAUUCUCUGUCCAUCGUGACAUCAUCCUACGAGUCCUGAGGAGCAAGUUCACCCCCAAACCAGAGAGGAAGGCUAAACAGGACGCCAGCGUGUGGGCCAGGCUGAGACAGCAGGCCUUACCUGGGAGUGGAGCAGGGGGACAGGGCAGGCAGCAGGCCUUACCUGGUGGUGGAGCAGGGGGACAGGACAGGCAGCAGGCCUUACCUGGUGGUGGAGCAGGGGGACAGGGCAGGCAGCAGGCCUUACCUGGUGGUGGAGCAGGGGGACAGGACAGGCAGCAGGCCUUACCUGGUAGUGGAGCAGGGGGACAGGGCAGGCAGCAGGCCUUACCUGGGGGUGGAGCAGGGGGACAGGGCAGGCAGCAGGCCUUACCUGGUGGUGGAGCAGGGGGACAGGGCAGGCAGCAGGCCUUACCUGGUGGUGGAGCAGGGGGACAGGGCAGGCAGCAGGCCUUACCUGGGGGUGGAGCAGGGGGACAGGGCAGGCAGCAGGCCUUACCUGGUGGUGGAGCAGGGGGACAGGGCAGGCAGCAGGCCUUACCUGGGAGUGGAGCAGGGGGACAGGGCAGGCAGCAGGCCUUACCUGGUGGUGGAGCAGGGGGACAGGGCAGGCAGCAAGCCCUACCUGGUGGUGGAGCAGGGGGACAGGACAGGCAGCAAGCCCUACCUGGUGGUGGAGGGGCAGGGGGACCGGGCAGACCACAGCUGCCUGCCUCUGGACAUAGAAGUAGCAAACCAGCCAUGCUGCCCGCAGGAAGUGGCACUGGUGCCCUGGUCACCCUGGCUAGCCACAGUAGCCAGAGGCUGAUAGCCAGGGACUUGGAGGAUGGCCCUGGCCCAAGAGCCAUGAUGACUACUGCUAAUAGUCCUGCUGCUCCUCUCACCUCACUACCCACCCAGCUCUCAUCCUCACCAACCCUGCACAGGAGACACACCUCAGGACAAGAUAACUCUAGAGAGGAGUGGGAGGAAGAGGAGAAUGUUCCAGAGGACAAUGUGUCGGAGAAGGUUGAGGAGAAAGACGACCAGGAGGAGAGAUGGGAUGGAAGGGUGUUUUCAGAGGAAGAACUGGAGGAACUAAUGCUGUCGUCAAAGCCUUCGCGAGUGGUACAGAAUGGGAUAGAGUUCUUUGACAGCGAAGGAAACUUCCUGUACAGAAUCUGAGACAGCAAAAUGGCACCCUGUGCACUACUUUUGACCAGGGCUAAAUGGCACCCUAUUCCCUAUAUAGUGCACUACUUUUGACCAGGGUGCCAUUUUAGAAGUAGCCUGAGAUGUUGUUAAUGUGUUGGUUUCCUAAAUACAAUAAAAUGCAAUAGACUUCUGUUGGAAGAUGCCAGAGACUGAUUAUGCCGCAAACCAAUAAAGCACUAUUUCAAAUGUA